CCGGUUAGUUCGAUAGAUUUCAUUUAAGCGAGAAGAUGAUUUUACUCCUCAGGUUGAUUUUGUUCCUCCUGGCCAUCAGUGUUCCGUUGGUUCUUGGUAGACCGGACCCAACGCUGGCGAGAGCUGAAACAACCGAACCAAUCCAGUGCACAUUCUGCGCAAGCCGCUUUAGUUGGGACAAUUGCACCGGGGAAGGCGUACAAGCCAACUGUGGGGACGAAGUUGUAAAUGCAACGCAUCACUAUCUAGCUCAGUACAACCCUGGCUUGGAAGAUUCAGAGAAGGGGGAUUUCCAGUGUUUCCGCUUGAAAAUCGAACUGUUCCUUUCUUGCAAUGUUGUCUACAUGAGCGGGUGUACGUACAAGCAGGCCAAUUUUUGCGAUGGUUGGACCAAUAACGGAUCGAGUUUGGCCGAAUGUUCAAUUGGUUCAACUGAUGAACAGCAGACAUCAAGUACCUCCGGUGCGACGGUUCUGACAUCUCCUUGUGCAGAGUACCUACCAACUUCCGCAGCUUUGCAGAAUUCCACUGUCACAACAGAGUCACCAGUGACAACGGAAGCCGGUCGGAGCGGUGCAGGCAGAGUAGGCCAAUUUUUAGUUGUUGGAAUUGUGUUGCUGUUGUUGCUGUUGUUAUGAGUGAUUUUCAAUUUGAAAUGGGUUGAUACACCAACGUUAAAUCUCUAGGUGAACCAGACUACGUGAUAUCCCAAAUAAUGUGAUAGGAUUUGAUAGUUAUUUUUAGAAUAGACAAGAACAAAAUAUAAUGAAAUGUUGUGAUUUUUGUUAAAAACGUUUUUAAAAAUCUAUUUUAGUGUCUGGAACCAAAGAGAGGAAAAGAAAUGAAAACUUUUUUGAAGUGGUCACGGUGAUUUUCAAAGAUCAAUACACAAUGUCCUUCUAAAUUUAGUUUAGUUUCAUAGCCCAUCAAACGUUUUUGAAUAAACUGCAAAGGCACCACGCCCUUUAGACCUUGGAA